CGGGCGUGAGCUACGUGUGUUACAAGUAGUUGGAAAUCCUCCAAGCCGAUUGCCCAGAUUCCCUUUCCUUAUUGUGAACAGAUCGGCCGAGGGAGGGAUCGGGAGCCGGCAGGUGAGGCUGCCGGGCUGAAGGAACUCCUGCAAUUCGGAUGUGUUUUUCCGGGCCCUGACAGCUGCCAGCGUCCCGAGGAGGGUCUGCUCCGUGACGGCGCUCGUGUUCUGGGGGUCGGCCCAGAUAGUUCUCUGCAUUUUAACUCUGCCGUGGCAGUCUUUCACUUUGGACGCGAAUCUCUCUCUAAUCUUUUUUUUCUGGGAACCCGCGCUCUGACUUUCUCUAGUUCUGUGCUGUGUGAGAACCCUUCUCUGUCUAUCUCUCUCCCCUCACCUAUCUUCCUCCCUUCACUUUCCUUUCUCUCUUACUUCACCCUUCUCCCUCCCUCCUCUCUCCUCUGUCCCCUUGCUUUUUACUUCCAUCCACACCCUCCUUUCCAUCCCCGUUCUCCCCCUUUCCCCUCAAACCCUCCGUUCUCACUCUCUUCCCUCCUCUCUCUCCCUGUCUUUCUCCCAUCAUCACCACACCCCUCCGCUUUCCCCCCACCUCCCCGCUCUGAUCCCGGCUCGGAAUUCCCCUCACCCCGCGCUGCGAGAGCCUGCUCCGGGUGUUAUGCACCUGCUGGCGCCGGCGCUGCCGACGGUGUGUGACGGCGGGAGGACCCUUGAACAUGCCGGUCAGGAGCGGCUACAACUUGGUGGACGAUGUUGGCGACCCGAGGACUCCGCUGCACAACGAGGAGGCUUUCCAGCACGGCAUUCACUUCCAGGCCAAGUACGUCGGGAGCCUGGACGUGCCGAGGCCAAACAGCCGUGUGGAGAUAGUGGCGGCUAUGCGGAGGAUUCGGUAUGAGUUUAAAGCCAAGAACAUCAAAAAGAAAAAAGUGAGCAUUGUGGUGUCAGUGGAUGGAGUGAAGGUCACAAUGAGGAAAAAGCAAAAGAGGAAGGAGUGGACGUGGGAUGAGAGUAAGAUGCUGGUGAUGCACGACCCUAUCUACAGAAUAUUCUAUGUAUCACAUGACUCCCAAGAUUUGAAGAUAUUCAGCUAUAUCGCCAGGGAUGGUAUCAGCAAUACCUUCCGAUGCAAUGUGUUUAAGUCAAAGAAAAAGAGCCAAGCGAUGCGGAUUGUUCGUACAGUGGGACAGGCCUUUGAGGUUUGUCAUAAGCUGAGUUUACAGCAUGCAGAGCAGAAUGCAGAUGGAGCAAGUGACAACGCAACAGAGGAGCAGCCUUCCGGAGGUUACCAGGUAGCUCGAGCAGAGCGGAAUGGGAGAGUGGACAAGGAUGCUGAACUCUACAACUCCAGUGACUGUGAUGGGGCUGAGGUGGAAAUCGAUAAGUCAGUGCUUCUGCUUGAGAAAAACUACCAGGAUUCCAGGGAAGGGACUCCUUUUGCAUCGUCCUCUCAGCUGGCACAGUCUCCUGGCAGCCAUUGCUCCUCGCUGACUCCACUGGCUUCCCACCACCACUUGCAGCUGCUCCAGUCCCAACUCCUCCAGCAGCAGCAGCAGACGCAGGUGGUCAUGGCUCAGGUGCACCUGCUGAAGGACCAGUUAUCGGCUGAGACAGCAGCCAGGAUGGAAUCACAGGCUCGCAUUCACCAGCUGAUGCUGCAGAACCGAGACCUCUUGCAGCAUCUCUCUCUCUUGGUCAGGCACCUCAAGGACCUGGAGAUGAGGCUGAGUGCCCAGCAGACAGCUGAUCAGAGUAUGAGCUCUAUUUCGGAGCAGAUUUCAUUGCUGAAUCUUCAACACCAUGACCUUAUCAUGAAUAUUCCUUCCACCUCGACCCCUGGAAAUGUUCUGCCUGAUUCUCCAGAGCCCAGCAACCUGGGCCGCAUCCGGCACGCUCAGUCUUUGGGGAAAGCAAAUGUUGACCUAACACUGGACACGAGCAUCUGCCCAACAAUGAACGGGAAGGAAGAGGCAAGCGGGAAGGUCGAAGGCUCGGUGGUGAAUGGGAAAAGGAAUGCCAGGCGAGAGGUUGUGGGUUCAUUGACGUUUGAAGACUUGAGCCAGGAAGCAAAGUCCGAAAGGGUUAAUCAUGCCAUUCCACGACUCAACCCCCCACCAGCUGCUACGAGAAAGCGCCAGACGAGGUCCCUCCCUUUCGCAAUUGAGCCCGCCUUGCAGUGCACUGAGCAGGUAAUGGUCAACAGCCUGCACCAGACCUCACACGAGUCGAGUUUCACGGAUGUUUCCUCCUGCACUUUUGCUCCGUCUGAGUUUGAUUCUGAAGCCUGGCUGCCCACCAACGAGAGGUUUUGUCCCACGGAGCUCCAGCUUGCAGACAAGCCCCCCACAGUGAUGGCCACAGGGAGGGACGGGAUGGCCACCACCCCGCCUGCUCGCUGCGGACACCCACCUGGCAAAUCAAACCCUCAGGUAGAUCUUCCUUUCAGUACCCUGGCCAGCAGCUGCAAGGGGCCUCUGGACAACACCGACAAUACCCUGCCCUUUUCUCCACCACUCAAUGAGACCUGCCUACACAUCAGCUUCUCAGAGGAUGAGCUUCUGGACAACAGCACUGAAGACUCAAUAGCACAGCAAACUGCCUCGGUGCAAGUCACAGAUGGUCUAACAUCUCGCUAAACCUUGUACUCACUGCUGUCAGCAAUUUCCCCCAGCUAAUCUAGUCCUUUUGAAGCUUUGUAAGGGUUUCAAAGUCCUUUCCCCUUGCAAGAUCCAAGGGUUAUUUUCUAUCCCAUUCCCAGGAGGAUGACCAGGGAUUAUCUGAGACUCACCAAUUUCCAAAUUCCAGUCAGUGACUAAUUCCCAAGAUGUUCUGGCCUCAUCCUAGAGCAGGUUCCAAAACCAGAAAGGCACAUGCUGAACACUCACAUGUGGUCUAACUACCAGGAAAUGGAGGAACUAAAGUAGAGUGUACCACAUUUGUGGUGUCCACAAUGUCUAUGCACAAGGGUUGCUCAAUUGCCUUUCAUCUUUUGGUUUUUUGUAUGUGGAGAAAAAUAAAUGAGCAGUUUAUUGCAUGUUAUUACCACUGGCCUUGAUCUCUAGAAGUGAGCCAUCCAAUGUAUAACAGUUUUCUCACUGCUGGCAAUGGACUCUCCACUGUAGGGAACGUGUCUUUGUUCCUUAACUGCAAAUGAUAAUAUUUGGCUGCUGUUAUGCUCCUAGGAGACUGAUGCUUUUGUCCUCUUGUUGGGUUGCCAUAGACUGAAAGGCUUUAAAAAUAAAUUGGUUUUAUACUUUAUAAAUAUUAACCUAAAAACCUAUCAAAUGUGCUGUGUGUGUGUUGAUUCUUGAUAUGAGCCGGUCUGUGAAGAUGCCUCUUCCACUAGUCCAACAGGUUGUUGCAAUGACAGGCCCAAGACCUUGAAUUGCAUGGUGGGCAAUCAGGGGGUAUGUCAGACCCCACCACUGGCCUCCUACAUUAUGGCUUUGCCCUAUUUCACCACAUCAGUUCUUGACCAUCUCCUGCAUACUGAGCUGGUCUCAGUUCUUAUCUCCUCUGCUUCCCUCUAUCAGUGUAAAAUUGUACUGUAUCCUACAUUAUGAAAUGGACUGUGGUUUGAUCACUUGACUAUUUAUUUAUUUAUUAAUUUAGUGAUACGGCACGGUGUAGGCCUUUCUGGCCCUUCAAGCUGUGCCACCUCAGCAACCCCUGACCAACCUGAUUAACCCCGACCUAAUCAAGGGACAAUUUACAAUCAAUACAUACAAAAUGCUGGUGGAAUGAUACAGGCCAGGCAGCAUCUGUAGGAAGAAAUACAGUCGACGCUUCGGGCUGAGAUCUGAAAUGAUCAAUUAACCUACCUGGUACAUCUUUGCACUGUGAGAGGAAACUGGAGCAGCUGGGAAAACCCAUGCAUUCCACAGGGAGGACGACCACUGACUCCUUACAGAACGGUGCAGUAAUUGAACUCCAAACACCCUGAGCUGUAACAGCAUCGCACUAACCGCUACCCAACCCGUAACCAUGUGGCUCUUGGGUUGUUUCUGCUUUCCACCCAGCAGAGAAUAUGUCCCUCUUCCAUCACCCUAACAGCAGCAACUUCUCUCACGUCCGAAGAUGAGCAGGUUGCGAAAUUGAUGGUCCCAGUAAAUUGUACAAUUAGAUCUAGUGUGUUGUCUGAGUGUGGAUAUUUGGAAGGAUAGGGGUGGAAAUUUAUAGAGGGAGAAUAAAAUAGAUCAGGAUAGUCAGUGUGGGCUGUAUGAUCUGUUCCCAUAAUGGAUCUGUCUCUGACUAUACGCCCAAAUGGUUGAGCUUUGUCUGACUUUGAGUCUGAUGGAUGGCAGACUGGAGGCCCAGUCUUGCACCCUGGUAUCCUUGUUCUAGGACACCUAGAAGGCUUGGCUCUCAGUAAGGAGUUGAUUGCAAAGGGCAGGACUUGCACACCAUAUUUGCAUCUCUGGAGGUGGACAGAACGGCCCCGGCUGUACAGGCAGCUCCAUUCCCCCACGCCUGCAUUGUUAACAUUCAAUAAUACCCGUCACCUUGUGGCGGGGGGUUCAAUAUGGAACUCCUUUAAUUCAACAUAACCUCGAUGCUUUCUGUGUAGCCAUCUUCUCCGUUAUAAAUUCCUGUGUAAAGAGUUUGUGUUCACAGUCCAUGGGUUAUUAGUGAGCAGCCGGUAAACCUGUCUCUAAUUCCCUGCCUAUUACAUGACUUUGCAAUCAGCAAAAUGAUUUUAGCUUUAUUUGCCAAUCUACGCCAUAGUGAAAUCGGUGGUGGUUGUCCAUCGUAGCUGACGAUGGCAGGAAACCUGUGUGGGAGGUUUUUAAAGUGGAAAAGCCUUUGCACUGGAGCAGUUCCAUUCUCUUGAUCUCGGAAGUCUGGAUCCAGUGGUACGAACAGGCAUCACAGACUGGUAUCUUCCUCAGUUGCAGUGGAUGGCCAUGACAUCUGUGCCUUGUCAUGGCCUUCACACUCCACCAAGCGUUGCAGGACCUCCUACCUGGCCACUGGAUCUCACUGUAGCUCUCAUCUGCCCAGUCCAAUGGAGGGACUUUGCAUGCCAGCACAGGCAUGUCCCUAUCUCACCGGGGUACAAGGCCACCAGCUACCCUCACCUGGUUUAGCCCAUCUGUAUCAUGGUAUACUGGGGUGUGGCCACUGUCACAUGCAAACAGCUACUUGGAGCCAUAGGUGAGAGCUGAGUAUCCGGUGGGCAGCAAAAAUGAGUGAGCUGCCCCAGAAUGGACACAACAAACCCCUUCACCAGAGAAGCUACCCUGGACACCCCAUACCCCCCCCCCCCGUGAAAUAUGUACAUACAGUGAAAUACGUUGUUUGCAACAAAUCAAGUAGGUAAACACUGAUGUGGGAUCAGAGGAGGAGCUUCUUUACUCAGAGAGUGGUAGCUGUGUGGAACGAGCUUCCAGUAGAAGUGGUAGAGGCAGAUUCGAUGUUGUCAUUUAAAGUAAAAUUGGAUAGGUAUAUGGACAGGAAAGGAAUGGAGGAUUAUGGGCUGAGUGCAGGUCGGUGGGACUAGGUGAGAGUAAGCAUUCGGCACAGACUAGAAGGGCCGAGAUGGCCUGUUUCCGUGCUGUAAUUGUUUUAUGGUUAUAUAUUGUGCUGGAGGCAGCCCGCAAAUGUCACCACACAUCUGUGCAAACAUAGCACACCCACAACUCACUAACCACAACUCUAACCGUACGUUUUCGGAAUAUGGGAGGAGACCGGAGCAUCCAGAGAAAAUGUGCAUGGUCCUGACAGGCAGAACCAGAAUCAGAAUCAGGUUUACUAUCACCGGCAUGUGGCGUGAAAUUGCUUAACCAGGCAGCAGCAGUUCAAUGCAAUACAUAAUAUAGCAGAGAGAGAAUAAAAUAAUAAAUAAACUAUAAUAAAUAUAUAUUGAAUAGAUUUUUUUAAGAAGUGCAAAAACAGAAAUACUGUAUACUAAAAGAAUUGAGGUAGUGUCCAAAGCUUCAAUGUCCAUUUAGGACUCGGAUGGUGAAGGGGAAGAAGCUGUUCCUGAGUCAAUGAGUGUGUGCCUUCAGACUUCUGUAUCUCCUAUCUGAUGGUAACAGUGAGAAAAGGGCAUACCUUGGGUGCUGGAGGUCCUUAAUAAUGGACACUGCCUUUCUGAGACACCGCUCCCUAAAGAUGUGCUGGGUACUUUGUAGGCUAGUACCCAAGAUGGAGCUGACUAGAUUUACAACCUGCAGCUUCUUUGGAUCCUGUGCAGUAGCCCCUCCAUACCAGACAGUGAUGCAGCCUGUCAGAAUGCUCUCCAUGGUACAGGCAGAGGCAGGAAUCGAGCCCCAAUUGGCAAUCGCUGGUGCUGUAAAACGAUGCAUUAACCACGAUGCUACCCUGCUUCCCAGGUAUAAAUCUGGAAAUUCUAGACUUUGCAAAGAUUUCCCAGGUAGCAGGUAGUUCAACAUUGCCUUUAGGAAUGCUGGGGGACUUCCACUACAAGCCUUCCAGGGAGGGAAGCAAGAUAUCUCUCUAUGUAUCUUUUGGACACAGAAAGCACCACUGAUUACCAUACAUGAAUUCGACCUCCAUAUCUCCUUUGUGGAUGUGCUAAGUGUCCUGUCCAGCUAAGCCAAGCGAGCAGAAAAUGGUGUCAGUGUCAACAAAAGAAAAUUCACUUGGUCAUUGAAGACAGGAUAAUGAGAGAGGGAUGGUUUACUGAUCUGAAAUUUGUGACUAGUGGUGUUGCACAGGGAUCGGUGCACCUAGAAUGCCUUACUUAUGAUUCUUUGCUAUCGUUUUCAUUGAUUUGCAGCAUUUAAUAAAAAUUUAUUUUUGCCCAUUGUAGCUUUACUCUGUGAGGAGCACUGUAAGUACAUCGAAAACUUGUGUUCCAUAUUUCAAUAUUAACGUGACCUUGUUUUGUCACUGCAGCUGGUUUUAUGUCUCAGUUGGAUCUUUAUCUCAAGGCUUAACGAAUUGUCUCUUCCUGUCUGCAUGCAGUAUGCUCAGGAACAUUCCACAGCUUUCAAUUUCAAUCUUCUUUUUCACAGAAAAUAAAGGCUGUUGGUUUUGAUAUUAAACGCAUAUCAUCACAGGGUUACAGGAGUCCAACUCCAUAUUGCCACAGUGAGGAAGCGCUUACAAUAUGAAGCUGAACACUCCGACUGCCCCACAGGGUUCACACAACCUUUGCCUGCUUUAUAUUCCUUUAUGGCAAAUGACCGCCAAGUUUUAACAGGUUCUUCAGGUACAAAGGCUCCCAUACUACUUCAAAGAAUGUCUAUGGAUUUGGGAAGAAUCUCAGCACCACCCCCCCACCAAAGAUCGGAGAGUUCCAAGGUCAAAGUAAAUUUAUUAUCAAAGUGAGUAUUAUGUCCCAAACGUUACCCUAAGAUUCAUUUUUUCAGGGAUUUACAGUAGAACAAAUAAAUACAAUAGAAUCAAUGAAAAUUGGUCAUUGUAAGUUGUCCCAUGAUUAGGCUGGAAUUAAAUCAAUGAAACUCAGCAGCUAGGCAGCGUCUAUGGAAAAAGUACAGUUGAUCCGAAACCUGCUGAAACAUCAGUUGUACUUUUUACCAUUGAUGCUGCCUGGCCUGCUGAGUUCCUCCAGCAUUUUGUGUGUGUUGAGGUUAUUCGUGCUGGUUCAGGAGCCUGAUGGUUGAAGGGUAAUAACUGUUCCUAAACCUGGUGGAGUGGGACCUAAGGCACUUGUACCUCCUGCCUAAUGACAGCAGCGAGAAGAGUGGAUGUGUUCAGAGCAUUAUGUCUGUGUGUGUGUGUGUAUGCCCCACAGGUCCCAGCCUGUAUUACCAUCUACACUGCUGGUGUCUCUUUAACCAGCUGGGUUACUAGGAACUGCAAGGUGUGAAUUGUGCCUCUUGAACACUGGACAAACAGUUAUGAUGAAGGUCUUUGUCAGGCAGAGAAGAGGGGAUUGGGUACUUCUUCAUCAUUGGUGGCCCUAAGUUUUAAGUCACUGGAUUAAUUCUCCAGCCCAUUCCCACUUGGAUCUCAAUAUCUUUGGUCCCUUACAGAAUUCCACCAAAGCUCAACAUCAACUCUGUGAACUGGACCCUCUUCUACCUGAGCACACUACAGCCCAGAGGACUUAAUGCCGAAUGCAACAUCUUCAGAUACUGAUUGAAUUUAAGUUUUUUUUAUACAAACUGUGGGUAUUUUCCAGUGUGUUUCUUAAUGUUUUUAUUUCCGUUCAGAAGCACAAACCUCUGGCUAAAAUUUCUUGGUUCUUACCCUGUUACCCUAAGGAGGCUUUGGUCCCACACCACCAGGUUCAGGAACAGUUAUUACCCUUCAACUAUCAGGCUCCAGAACCAGCGUGGAUAACUUCACUCACCUCAACUCUGAACUGAUUCUACAACCUAUCUCCCUCUGGUGCUCCUUCCCCCCCCCCCUUUUCUUCCAUGGCCUUCUGUCCUCUCCUAUCAUAUUUCCCCUUCUCCAGCCGUGUAUUUCUUUCACUAAUCAACUUCCCAGCUCUUUACUUCAUCGCUCCCCCCCCCCCCCACCACCCGGUUUCACCUAUCACCUUGUGGUUCUUUCUCCCCUCCCCUCACUUCCUUACUCUGACUCCUUAUCUUUUUUCCCAGUCCUGAUGAAGGGUCUCAGCCUGAAGCGUUGACUGUACUCUUUUCCACAUAUGCUACCUGGCCUGCUGAGUUCCUCCAGCACUUUGUGUGUGUUGCUCGGACUUCCAGCAUCUGCAGAUUUUCUCGUUUGUGACUGGACUACCAUAGAAGUACGUAUUGGUGGCAUAGUGGUUAACAGGAUGCUAUUACAUCUUGAGGCAUCAGAGUUCAGAGUUCACUUCUAGCUCUGCAAAGAGUUUGAAAGUUCUCCCCAUGACCAUAUGUGUUUCCUUCGGGUGCUCCAGCUUCCUCCCACAGCACCAAAGAUGUACCAGUUGGUAGGUUAAUUGGUCAUUGUAAGUUGUCCCAUGAUUAGGCUGGAAUUAAAUCGGUGGGUUGCUGGGCAUUGCAGCUCAUUGGGCCAGAAGGGUCUGUACCACGCUGAGUCUCAAAAUAUAAAAUAAAUAAAAUCAAACUAUCCUGAGAUUCAUUUUCUUGCAGGUGUUCACAAUAGAACAAAUAAAUACAAUAGAAUCAAUGUAAAACUACACACAAAGACUGAUAAACAACCAAUAUGCAAAAGACAACUAACUGUGCAAAUGCAAAGUAAUAAUAAUAUUAAAUAAAUAAUGCUGAGAAUGUGUUUUGUAGAGUCCUUGAAAGUGAGUCCGUAGGUUGUGUUCAGUGUCACUUUGGUGUUGAGGUGAGUGAGAUUUUCCACUCUAGUUCAGGAGCCUUAUGGCUGUAGGGUAAUUCCUGAAUUUGGUGGUGUGGGACCUAAGGCUCCUGUACCUCCUUCCCAAAGAUAGUAGCAAGAAGAGAGCAUAGCCUGGAUGGUGGGGGUCUUUGAGAAUAGAUGCUGCUUUCUUGUGGCAGUGCUUUUUGUAGAUGUGUUCAAUGGCAGGAAGGACUUUUCCUGAGAUGGACUGGAUUGUAUCCACCAUUUGUAGGCUUUUCCAUUCUUGGGCAUUGGUGUUUCCACACCGGGCUGUGAUACAAUUAGUCAGGUUCCACCAACCCUGCUUUUUGCAGAACUUUCUAUGGAUACAAUGUACAAACUCCCAUGAUCACAUUAGCAAACAUUGAGUUCCACUCCUAUCUCUCCUCAAGAUAAAAAUAAAAACAGUGGCUUUUUAAAACUCAAAAUCAGCUCAAAACUAUUCAGUUUCCUCUCAAUUAUCUAUCAACCCUCCAAUUCUGGGGAUCAGUUACUCAUCUCCUGUAGUUAAAUGGAGCAAAAUAUUUUCUAAACUUCCAACCUUACUCUGCGCUUGUAAACAUUGUAUUCGUUAAUACCAGUCCUGCAGUUUUGGUCCAGACUCGCACUUUUCUCAUUGAGUUAAACUGUAACAUUAACAUAGAUUCCAUCUGGGUUGCUGAUUCUUUACAUCCGAUACGUGACCUUGUCUGAGUAUGUCAUGAUUUAUUUUUUUGGAUAGUGCAAGAUGGGAAUCUUGGAAAAUCCCUGGAGUGACUCUUAAAAGAGAGUAACAAGACAGAUGCCAUGAAGAUCUCCUUCCUUUCGUCUGUGCCUUAGCCCUCUAGUAGGACUGUUACUUUUAUGGUGAGGCUCUUAGCAAUACUCGAGAGGAAUGGACAUUGACGUUCUUAGUGUAAACAUGGUUUCUGUCUGAAAUGCUUAAUUAAAGCUGGAAAUUAGUUUGUCUGAAGACCAGCAAUGAAUCAUACGUAUAAUUUACUAUUUAUAGGCACAUUUCUCUGAAGUUGUGUUUGCUGAUAAAACCCAAAAUGUCUGUAACUUCAUCCGACUGCCAGCACUUAAAAAGUAAGUUCUAACUUCCUGAUAGUUCUAGUUUUUUUAAAAUUUGUAAAACAGAAACUGCAGCUGGAAAAUUGAUUGGAGUGCUGGGUCUAGUUAAACUGUAGGCACAUGUUCCACUCUAAUGUACUUGCAAUAAAUGCUCAGUUUUAUUGA